GAAACACAAUCCAGUGCUCUCACUUUGAUACUGAUGGUAGCAGUCUGACAUUCUCGUAUAAAAGCAUGGCUGCGAUUUUCGACUUUUACGGACUGUUUUUGGUGGUAGCUUUGACGUUUAGCUCUAAAAAUACAGUCAGAGGGCAACCAGAACAAAUUCACAUGGCGUUCACUGGUGUAUCGAGUGAAAGAAUAGUUAAUUAUGUAACGCAGUCGCAGGAUGUCGACCUCAAGACCGUGGCGUUGUACGGAAAAGAUCCAAAACAACUCGAUCAGAAAUCAGAUGGAGAGUCGUUCCUGUAUCCUCUACCACAGAACCAAGAAGUUGAUUCUAAACAUCACAGGAAUUUGACCAUUCACAAUGUUAAGCUAACAAAUUUGGAGGCCAACACGAAGUACUAUUACAGGGUUGGAGAUCCCGACAAUAACCUUAGUGAUGUAUUCUCGUUUUCCACUAACGAGGAUAGCUUGAUAUAUGCGGUGUAUGGUGACAUGGGCUAUAAAAAUGCUGUUAGCUUACCGCUUCUCAAAGACGAAGCUAAACAAGGAAAAUUCCAUGCCGUUUUCCAUGUGGGAGAUUUGGCGUAUGACUUUUACGAAGAAGAUGGAGUUACUGGUGACAAGUUCAUGAAUUCUAUUCAGCCAGUCGCAACGCUAGUUCCUUAUAUGGUGCUUCCAGGAAAUCACGAGCACAAAUACAACUUCAGUCACUAUAUCAACCGCUUUUCCAACAUGGAAUUGGGCGUGGGUGAAAACAGUGGAAGUGGCACAGGCCUGUGGUAUAGUUUGGACAUCGGACUCAUACAUUUCGUUGCCUUCGACACAGAAGUUUACAAAUAUUCCUCAGAUGACGGUCAAAUUGCAAGGCAGUUGAACUGGCUAGAGCAAGAUCUUGCUAAGGCCAACAAGAACAGAGAAAAUGUACCAUGGAUCGUAUCUUUGGCACACAAGAGUGAUUUUAUGGAUCACACGAACUUCACAUACUUCUCUCCGUUGCUGCACAAGUAUGGAGUGGACAUUCAUUUAUGUGGACAUUCUCACAACUACCAGAGAUACUUUCCUUAUUUUAAACGCGAGAUAGAUCGUCAGUCCGACAAGAACGUAUACAAGAACCCCAAGUAUAUGACGACUGUAGUUGUCGGUUCUGCUGGGUCUAAAGAAAAAAUCUCUCAGGGAUUAGGACCAAUAAAUAAACUUGUAACUCAUAUCUUUGAUUACGGGUUUGGUCACUUGCAAGUUUUCAACCACACUCAUCUAUCAUGGAAAUGGGAGAACUCAGAAACUUACUUGGAUUCGCCUGUUCAGGAUAAUCUUUGGAUCAUUCAGGAAAACCACGGAAUGAGGACCGUAGUUUAGAACAAUUGUCUGGUCAACCACAGGAACCCCAAGUGUUAAAUCCUUCAGUUGUCAAAAUCUGAACACGAACAUUUACAGCUUAAUGAUUGUUUCACGCUUAAUAGCUUUCUCGGUGGCUAUCGGCUGUCCAGUAAUAUAUUGAUUUGCAUGUACGCUUUAGAUCUCGACGCCAAAACUUUUAAAGAAUUUUUUGACCUAUUUUUACCUCUUAAUAUAUAUAAACCACAAUUCGAUUACGAAAACUGAAGACGCUAGAAAAAAGUAAGGAUUAUAGUUCAAGGUUUUCUGUAAAUCCUUUUCACGCGCGUUAAAAUGAACAGGAGGACCGCCUGAAUUAAAUUAAUAAUUAAAUGAUUCAUAAAUACGAUUAAUUAAGUUACACCCCUUCUUUCACAUUGAGACUUUUGUUCAGCUAUAGCAUGCAAAAUGUUUAACAGGAGUAAAAUAGAGAUUCAGCUGGUUUUCGCUUUUAUAUAUUUUUUCAACAAAAAUAUAGUACAUGAUAAAUAAAAAUUUGACGACCCUAAAAUUCAUACAAAAUGUUAUUCAUAUAUAUCUAUGAAAAAGAAUAUUUUAGUCGAGGACGAGUAUUCAUCGAAUUGCGCGCUUCGGAUUUCGAACUACGAAAUCUCUUUCUACAGCCAAGUUACGCGCCUAUCGCGUAACUCAAACUCGCACAAAUUUCUUAAUGACAUCGACUUACGCGCACUGCGUGAAAACGUCAAAUUUGGUUGUGGUCGAGUGCGCAGCUCGAAAAGAGCGUAACGCGAAGCGCAUAACUCGAAGCGCGUAACUCGAUGAAUACCCGAUGAAGUUUUCAUUGUCCAAAAAGUGUCUUUAUUGUCUUUGAAUAAUCACAGGAAGCCCAAUUUGAUAAAAGUCGCUUGCGUCAUUGGUAAUAGGUAAUUCCCCUAUCGUAUUCGAUAUUGUUAAACGAGCUGUUUAACACUCACAAUAGCGCGCUAGUUUCCGACGAUCUAUUCGAUUGGACUAUAGCCUGCGUGACAGACAUGGACGACACAACAAUUAUAACAGUUUGUAACUGUAAUUUCAUCGUGUUAAAAAUAAAUGCUAUUAUUAUUA